CAAAACAAAUCCGUAGUAUGGGGAAAAGCGGCCGAAUGGCAGUGUGGUGAGGACAAGCGUCCAUGGCUGCCGUGGUCAACUUCAACGCAAAUCCGGUUGGUUUCAUUCAAAGCAUCUGCCAUGCAUGGCGAUCUUCAGUUUCAGCGUUAGAUUUCCUGCCUUUCCACUCGGAUUUCAAAGCCUCAUUUUCCCUCUUUCACCAUUUGCGAGUGGGAGCAAUUUUCUUAGGGCGAUGGAGUCAAAACCAGAGCUCAAUGGGACCGUUUCUUCAGGCAAUGACCAACUUCAGGUGGCAGAUCUUCAUCAGUUGGAGAAUGGCCAAGAAGGGUUUCAGAGUUCAGGCUCAGAAGAAGCUGCUUUGGCUGAUCAAAAUGACAAAACAACAGCAAAAGGAAGAAAAGUUGGUGGGUGGAAUUGUGGGAUGCUGCUGCUAGUGAAUCAAGGAUUGAUCACACUGGCAUUUGCGGGAGUUGAAGUGAAUUUGGUUCUGUUUUCAAAGUCAGUGCUGAGGCAAACCAAUGCUGAAGCAGCAAAUACAUUCAGCAGAUGGAUGGGAACCACUUAUUGCUUCUCUUUGUUGGGUGCAUUUCUCAGCGACUCAUACUUGGGAAGAUAUCUCACUUGUGUAAUUUUUCAACUUGUCUUCAUUGUUGGUUUGGUAGCACUUUCCUUAUUAACUCAUAUAUCUCUGCUCAAACCCAGUGGUUGUGGAAAAAUAGGUCAAUUAUGUGACCCUCAUGGCUUAACUGAACUCACGAUAUUUUACAUAUCGAUCUAUCUAAUCGCCUUAGGAAAUGGAGCCCCUGAGCCUGCAUUGGCUACAUUCGGUGCAGAGCAGUUUGACGACAAGGAUCCUAAGGAAAAGCGAGCCAAGACCUCGUUUUACAGCUACUUCUAUGUGUCAAUAAACAUGGGGUGUUUGAUUUCAGAGACAGUUUUGGUUUAUAUAGAGAACUUGGGGCAUUGGAUGGUGGGGUUUUGGAUAUGUGCUGUGUGUGGAUUGCUUGCCUAUCUGUUGUUAUUGAGUGGAACUUCAAGAUAUAGACAGUCCAAACCUUCUGGAAAUCCUAUAUCAAGAUUCUCUCAAGUUAUAAUGGCUUCCAUGAAAAAGAUGAAUCUAAAAAUGCCCUCAAAUGGAGAAGGUCUUUAUGAAGGUCCAGGGGGGAAAAAGGGUACAAGGAGAAUGCUUCACACUGAAGGCUUCAAAUUUUUGGACAGAGCAGCCAUUCUUACAGAAGAGGAGAUAAACUUGAUAUGCAACCAAGGGCAAACAGCAAAUCCAUGGAAACUUUGCACUGUCAGUCAGGUUGAGGAAGUGAAAUGCAUUUUGAGGCUUCUUCCAGUCUGGUUGUGCACUAUUUUCGCCUCUGUUGUGUUCAUUCAAAUGCUCUCUCUUUUUGUUGAACAAGGAGCUGCCAUGAACACCCUCGUUGUGUCGAACUUCCAUAUACCUCCAGCCAGCAUGACCGCCUUCGACAUUGUAAGCACGACCUUAUUCAUCAUGCUUUACGACAGGCUCCUUGUUCCUUUUUACAUCAGAAUUACAAAACGAAAGCCAAAACCACCAAGUGAGCUACAAAGGAUUGGGAUCGGCCUAGCCAUUACAGUAGUAGCACUUGUAAUUGCAGGCUUUGUCGAGCAAAGACGGUUGAAGUAUGCAAGUGUUACUGGUAAAGAAACUAGUUCUUUGAGUAUUUUCUGGCAAACGCCACAAUAUGUACUCGUGGGGGUCUCCGAAGCAUUUGUUUACGUAGCUCAGAUGGAUUUUUUCACAUCACAAAUACCAGACGGAUUGAAAAGCUUGGGAAUGGGACUUUCCAUGUCUUCAUCAGCAAUGGGGAGUUAUCUUGCAAGCCUGAUUUUAACUACUGUAAUGGCUAUCACAAAAACUAAUGGUAAGCCCGGUUGGGUUCCCCCGAACCUGAACGACGGUCAUUUGGACCGGUUUUUCUUUCUAUCAGCCACUUUGACUGCUCUCAACUUGGCCUUGUACCUUGUCUGUGCCAAAAGGUACAAAGGUUCUAUAAUAGAGAAGCAAGAUGAAGACCUAGAAGAGGAGUUUGAUAGUGAGUUCAAGUAAGAGUCCUUUCUAGACAGGAAAAUUUCAGGGAACAAAGACGGUUGAGACACAGCAUGGAUAUUAUCAUCUUUGAUAAGAGAGGUUUGGCAAUAAUACAAGUUCCAGUCUUAGUUUAAACAUUUGCUCAUUUUCUUUUAGAAUCUUUUUAGAAUCCGAAGAUUUGAACCUCCAACCAUUCUAAAUAAAACUCAUAAUAUUAUCGUC